AUGGGCCCUACAUCCGACUUCGACGACAGACAAACACAGCUUGAAUCUGAGCAAGAGGCGUACCACCCGUACGAGUACCAGGAAGAGAACAAUGGCUCGUGGGCUGGCGCCCUCCCGGUGAAGCAGGGUCUCUACGACCCUGACUUGGAGAAGGAUGCUUGUGGUGUCGGUUUCGCCUGCCACAUCAAGGGCAAGGCGAGCCACAAGAUCGUGAGCGAUGCUCGCAAUCUCCUCUGCAACAUGACACACCGCGGAGCGGUUGGUUCAGAUGCACGAGACGGUGAUGGUGCAGGUGUGAUGACCUCCAUCCCCCACCGGUUCUUUGUCAAGAACUUUGAAAAGGAGCAGGACAUCAAGCUCCCGCCCCAGGGCCAGUACGCCGUAGGCAACCUCUUCUUCAAGCCCGAGGAGGAGACACUACAGGAGCAGAAGCGGCAGUUGGAAGAUAUUGCCGAUUCGCUGGACCUCAGAGUCCUCGGAUGGCGAGAGCUUCCCGUCGACUCGUCGCUGCUUGGUCCUGCUGCCCGCUCUCGCGAGCCCACCAUCCUCCAGCCCUUUGUGGUGCUCAAGUCUGCCUACGGCGCCGGCUCUGCUCCUGAAAAUACGGACCCAGAGACCUUUGACGAGAGGCGGUUUGAGAGACAGCUCUACGUCCUCCGCAAGCGUGCCACACACACCAUCGGUCUGCACAACUGGUUCUACAUCUGCUCCCUGUCCAACAAGAACAUUGUCUACAAGGGUCAGCUCGCUCCUGUUCAGGUCUACCAAUACUACCACGAUCUCGUCAACGCCGACUUCCAGGUUCACUUCGCUCUGGUUCACUCGCGUUUCUCCACCAACACAUUCCCCUCGUGGGACCGUGCGCAGCCUCUACGAUGGGCUGCUCACAACGGUGAGAUUAACACCCUGCGCGGCAACAAGAACUGGAUGCGCGCGCGUGAGGGUAUCAUGCAGUCCGACAUCUUUGGAGACGAGCUGGAGCAGCUGUACCCCAUCAUUGAGGAUGGUGGUUCUGAUUCGGCCGCUUUUGACAACGUUCUCGAGCUUCUCACCAUCAACGGCGUGCUCUCCCUGCCCGAGGCUGUCAUGCUCAUGGUUCCCGAGGCCUGGCAAGGAAACACCUCGAUCGACCCCAAGAAGGCCGCCUUCUAUGAGUGGGCUGCUUGCCAGAUGGAGCCCUGGGAUGGCCCGGCGCUCUUCACCUUUGCCGACGGCCGGUUCUGUGGUGCCAACUUGGACCGUAACGGCCUGAGACCCUGUAGAUACUAUGUCAUGGACGACGACCGCAUCAUCUGCGCGUCCGAGGUUGGAACCAUUGCCGUCGAGCCUGAGCAGGUCAUCCAGAAGGGCCGCCUGCAGCCUGGUCGCAUGUUGCUUGUCGACACUCAGGCUGGACGCCUCAUUGACGACUCGGAGCUCAAGGCUGCCGUCUUCAACCGCAACGACUUCCGCUCCUGGAUCGAUCGCGAGCUCCUCUCUCUGCCCAAGCUGCUGGAGGAGAUCACCGAGUCCAAGGCCGUCGAGCUUGCCCCCAAGCCUGACGACUCCCGCAUCCAGGAGGACCCGCUCCUUCUCGCUUUCGGCUACACCCACGAGCAGGUCAGCUUGCUCCUCGGACCCAUGGCUUCUGACGAGAAAGAGGCUUUGGGCUCCAUGGGUAACGAUGCCCCUCUCGCCUGUCUCUCGCAGGCCCCUCGCCUUCUCUACGAGUACUUCCGUCAGCUCUUUGCCCAGGUCACCAACCCUCCCAUCGACCCUAUUCGUGAGUCGGUUGUCAUGUCUCUGGAGUGCUAUGUUGGUCCUCAGGGCAACUUGCUGGAGAUGGACGCCUCUCAGUGCGGCAGACUGCUGCUGCCCAGCCCCAUCCUCUCGAUUCCCGAGUUCAACACGCUUAACAACAUGUCUCGGUCUCACCCUGAGUGGUCUGUCAAGACUAUUGACCUGACCUUCCCCAAGUCUGAGGGCACCGCCGGGUACAUCAAGCACCUUGACUUCAUCUGCAAGGAGGCCACUGCUGCCAUCGAGGCUCGCGACAGGAUCAUCGUCCUCUCCGACCGCGCCACCUCGGCUGACCGCGUCCCCGUCUCGGCUCUGCUAGCCUCUGGUAUGGUCCACCACCACCUCGUCAACAACAAGUGGCGGUCCAUGGCUGCCCUCGUUGUCGAGACUGCCGAGGCCCGUGAGGUCCACCACAUGUGUGUCCUGCUCGGCUAUGGUGCUGAUGCCAUCAACCCUUACUUGGCGAUGGAAUGCAUUCUCAAGCUGAACCGCGAGGGUCUCAUCCGCAAGAAGCUCUCCGACGAGACCUUGAUUGCCAACUACAAGCACUCUUGCGACGGUGGUAUUCUCAAGGUCAUGAGCAAGAUGGGUAUCUCCACUCUGGCCAGUUACAAGGGUGCUCAGAUCUUUGAGGCUCUUGGUGUCGAUGACGAUGUCGUGGAGCGCUGCUUCAAGGGUACCGCUUCGCGUAUCAAGGGUAUCACCUUUGAGGGCAUCGCCGAGGACUCUUUCCGCUUCCACGAGCGUGGUUUCCCUUCACGCUACACCGUCGGAGUUCCCGGUCUUCCCGAGUCUGGCGAGUACCAUUGGCGUGAUGGUGGCGAGGCCCACAUCAACGACCCUACCUCUAUCGCCAACAUCCAGGAUGCCGUGCGCACCAAGAACGACAAGUCCUACGAGGCCUACUCCCGCUCCGAGUACGAGCAGAUCAAGGCCUGCACACUCCGUGGCAUGCUCGACUUCAAGUUUGAGGAGUACACUCCCAUCCCGAUCGACCAGGUCGAGCCCUGGACCGAGAUUGUCCGCCGCUUCUGCACUGGCGCCAUGUCCUACGGCUCCAUCUCCAUGGAGUCGCACUCCACUCUCGCUGUUGCCAUGAACCGCCUCGGUGGUAAGUCCAACACUGGAGAGGGUGGUGAGGAUCCCGAGCGUUCGCAGGUCCACCCCAACGGCGACACCAUGAGAUCUGCCAUCAAGCAGGUCGCUUCGGGACGCUUCGGUGUCACCUCGGCCUACCUCGCGGACUCGGACGAGAUUCAGAUCAAGAUGGCUCAGGGUGCUAAGCCCGGUGAGGGUGGUGAGCUUCCUGGCCACAAGGUGUCCAAGUCCAUCGCUCGUACUCGUCACUCCACCCCCGGUGUCGGUCUCAUCUCGCCUCCUCCUCACCACGACAUCUACUCCAUCGAGGAUCUGAAGCAGCUCAUCUACGAUCUCAAGUGCUCCAACCCUCGCUCGCGCGUUUCCGUCAAGCUCGUCUCCGAGACGGGUGUCGGUAUUGUCGCUUCUGGUGUCGCCAAGGCCAAGGCUGACCACAUCCUCAUCUCGGGUCACGACGGCGGUACUGGUGCCUCCAGAUGGACUGGUAUCAAGUACGCCGGUCUCCCCUGGGAGUUGGGUCUCGCUGAGACUCACCAGACGCUUGUCCUCAACGAUCUUCGUGGUCGUGUCGUUGUUCAGACCGACGGUCAGAUCCGCACUGGUCGUGAUGUCGCCAUCGCCUGUCUGCUUGGUGCCGAGGAGUGGGGUUUCGCUACCACUCCUCUGAUUGCCAUGGGCUGUAUCUUCAUGAGAAAGUGCCAUUUGAACACUUGCCCUGUUGGUAUCGCCACUCAGGAUCCCGAGCUGCGCAAGAAGUUUAAGGGUACCCCGGAGCACGUUAUCAACUUCUUUUACUACAUUGCUAACGAGCUCCGGGCGAUCAUGGCUCAGCUGGGUUUUCGUACCAUCAACGAGAUGGUUGGCCACGUCGAGUGCCUCAAGGUCCGCGAUGACCUCCGCACCAACAAGACUCAGAAUAUUGACCUGUCUCUGAUCUUGACCCCGGCCCACAAGCUGCGCCCUGGUGUUGCUACGUUCAACGUCCGCAAGCAGGAUCACCGCCUCUAUGUGCGCCUUGACAACAAGCUCAUUUCCGAGGCUGAGCUCACCCUCGACAAGGGCUUGCCCUCUAGAAUCGAGUGUGACAUUGUCAACACCGAUCGUGCCAUGGGUACCUCCCUCUCCUACCAGGUCUCGAAGAGAUACGGCGAGGCGGGUCUUCCCACGGACACUGUCCACGUCAAUGUCAAGGGCUCGGCUGGUCAGUCCUUCGGUGCCUUCCUGGCUCCUGGUAUCACCCUUGAGCUCGAGGGUGACGCCAACGACUAUGUUGGCAAGGGUCUGUCCGGUGGUCGCCUGAUUGUGUACCCGCCCCGCUCUGCCGUCUUCAAGGCCGAGGAGAACAUCCUGAUCGGUAACACCUGUUUGUACGGUGCUACCAGCGGUACGUGCUUCUUCCGCGGUGUUGCCGCCGAGCGUUUUGCUGUCCGCAACUCUGGUGCCACGGCCGUCGUUGAGGGUACUGGUGACCACGGAUGCGAGUACAUGACCGGUGGUCGUGUCGUCGUUCUUGGCAGCACCGGUCGCAACUUCGCGGCUGGUAUGUCUGGUGGUAUCGCAUAUGUUCUUGAUGUCAACCGCGACUUCAUGUCCAAGCUCAACAUGGAGAUGGUUGAGGCUUCGGGUAUCGAGGACCCCACUGAGAUCGCCUUCCUGCGUGGCCUGAUCGAGGAUCACCACCACUACACAGGCUCCGAGCUCGCCGCCCGGAUCCUGGUCGACUUCAACCGCGCUCUGCCUCGCUUCAUCAAGGUUCUUCCCGUCGACUACAAGCGCGUGCUCGAGGAGGAGGCCGCCAAGGCUGCUGAGGCCAAGCGUGCCGAGUACAACCUGCCCAUCGUCUCUGGUGUCCACGCCAAGAAGGAUGACAAGGCCAACAAGCUCCAGGAUAUCGAGGAGACCAUUGGUGACAACGCCGCUGAGAAGAAGCGCGCCCUCGUCCUUGACAAGACCAAGGGUUUCAUGAAGUACUCGCGCCGCGCCGAGAAGUACCGCAGCGCCAAGACCAGGACCAAGGACUGGGCUGAGCUGUCCACCCGUCUCGACGAGGACGAGCUCAAGUACCAGUCUGCUCGCUGCAUGGACUGUGGUGUUCCUUUCUGUCAGUCCGACACUGGCUGCCCGAUCUCCAACAUCAUUCCCAAAUGGAACGAAUUGGUCUUCCAAGGGCAGUGGCAGGACGCUCUCAACCGUCUGCUCAUGACCAACAACUUCCCCGAAUUCACUGGUCGUGUCUGCCCCGCUCCCUGCGAGGGUGCUUGUGUUCUUGGCAUCAACGAGGACCCUGUCGGCAUCAAGUCGAUCGAGUGUGCCAUCAUCGACCGCGGUUUCGAGAUGGGCUGGAUGGUUCCUCGCGUUCCUGAGGUCCGUACCGGCAAGACUGUCGCCGUCAUCGGCUCUGGCCCCGCCGGUCUGGCCGCUGCUGACCAGCUCAACCGUGCUGGUCACCUGGUCACCGUCUUUGAGCGUGCCGACCGCCCCGGCGGUCUGCUCAUGUAUGGUAUCCCCAACAUGAAGCUUGACAAGCGCAUUGUCAAGCGCCGUACCGACUUCAUGGCUGCUGAAGGCAUCCAGUUCAAGUGCGGUGUCUCCGUUGGCGAGGACGUCACUCUUGCUGAGCUCAAGGCCCAGCACGAUGUUGUCAUCAUUGCCACUGGUGCCACUGUCGCUCGUGAUCUGCCGAUCAAGGGUCGCAACCUUGAGGGCAUCCACUACGCCAUGGAGUUCUUGCACAAGAACACCAAGUCGCUCCUCGACUCUGAGCUCCAGGACGGCUCGUACAUCUCUGCCAAGGACAAGCACGUUGUUGUCAUUGGUGGUGGUGAUACUGGUAACGACUGCAUUGGUACUUCGGUUCGCCACGGUGCCAAGUCCGUCAUCAACUUUGAGCUGCUGCCCCAGCCGCCGCCCAAGCGUGGCCGUGACAACCCGUGGCCCCAGUGGCCUCGCAUCUACCGUGUUGACUACGGCCACACCGAGGUCGAGCAGCACAUGGGCAAGGACCCUCGCGAGUACUGCAUCAUGUCUGAGGAGUUUGUUGAUGAUGGCAGUGGCCGCGUCAAGGGCAUCAACACCAUGCGUGUUGAGUGGACCAAGUCUGCCUCUGGUGGUUGGGACAUGAAGAAGCUCGAGGAGACCAAGGAGUUCUUCCCUGCCGACCUUGUCCUCCUCUCGAUGGGUUUCCUCGGACCCGAGGCCCGUGUUCUUGGCGACGAGAUCGAGAAGGACGCCCGCAAGAACGUCAAGACUCCCGCCGGCUCGUACGCGACCAGCGUUGAAGGCAUCUUCGCUGCUGGUGACUGCCGCCGUGGACAGUCCCUUAUCGUCUGGGGUAUCAACGAAGGUCGCCAGGCCGCCCGCGAGGUCGACCUGUACCUCCAGAAGUACACUAGCCUCCCCGUCACUGGUGGUAUUGUCAAGCGCACAGCCCAGGAGGUGUUCAACGUUGUCACUCCCGGUGCUGUCACCGCCACCCCUACUGUCACCAUUGACCCCGUCGCUGCUUAA